CCACAUUCAUUCUUCUCCUCUGAUUCAGUUCUUGUUUUAGGAAUUGAAGAAAUCAAAUAUAAUUCCAAGAAGCAAGUCUUCCUUCUCCUCCUAAAGCUAAAAGUCCUUAUCUAUUAUAUAUAGGGUCAGAAAUAAAAAUGAGGACCGCGCUGCUGGCAGUGUUGUACACCACGGCAAAGCUUCCUGGCGCAGUUGGUUUCCUAACCUGCGCCGAAGGCGACGCAGCGAGCUACUUUCGCCCAGGACCAAGAUCGGAAGACCUGAAGGAUGACACGUCUCAUGAAGUCAACGUGGUACUACCUGGCGAAAACGAAGCAGCGGCGAUGAUAAAGGAAAGCUAUUUCGAUCAUACCUAAGGCUUUGAUGUCCUAGAAGUAGUGGUCCCUACUUUCUUAGAAACAAGACAAAGCUUCCAGAGGAUUAAUUCUGAAAGUUAGGGGAAGAACCAAGAUAAAAAGUACUUCACCCAAAGUAAGCACUUCACUCAAGCUAAAUGGAUAAGGGUGUAUCGAUCUCUAAGAUGAUGACAUGCACGGGAAUACGACCGAACGUGAGGAACUCAAAAAGCUAGGCGGGAACCCGAUCUAUGGUACUAAAGCAUUUAAGCUAUAAAAAUCAACCAAUGGCGGACAAGUCUUAUUUCUCUUGUCCUCAGAUGAAUGCAAUAUAAUCUAUCAGUUGCGUUCAACAAGAUCGAUCAGUCUUGAUAGUACUCCGUCCUCCAACCUCUUGCAAAACAAUACCUCAUCUCCAUAUCAUAUCCAUUAGGGGGCUACUCUUAGCUACUACUCUAACGUCCUCAUUUUUUCUGAUCCUUUAGACUUUUAGGAGAACGAAGGAAGACUUCUUGGAAUAUUUGAUUUUUGGUCCUACUACGCUAGGUGAAAUCGAAGAAGCAAGUGCCCUCCGGUUAUUGACGAGUGCUGGGUUGCUGAACGCGACCACCACAGACACCUUCUAUGACAUCGGGAGUGGUCUCGGGAAGUUCAUUAACCUUGCCGCUCUCGCGUCUCCGGUAAAGAAAUUAUGAAUUCCUGAAGCCUAUUUAUUGGUAGUGAGAAUGCGAGUAAGCAUGAUCGAGCUACUUCCACUAGAAUGAGUUCUCUGUCGUGCUUUCAUCUAGUGUUCGAAUUACAGUAGUACUAGAACUAGGACUCUGCCUAGUACAACCAGUGCAGCUGUGUCUAGUACAAGUACACUGUCCGGAGUUACUUUUUCGUUUUCCCCAUUUUGAACUAGAUUACUACUACUUAGGUGGUUACAGCACCUCUAAGGAAGGCGGUUGGCGUGGAGUAUGUGUGGUCGCGUAUUAAACCAGGUCUAACGGCGAAGGAGCGUCUCAACCUCAGUUUUCGGAAGCACCUUAAAGAGGUGGUCACUACCAAUUCGAUUAUGAUAGAUGUUGAUGAUGUUAUUUGUGCAGCUUCAAUUAAAAGCACAUGCACGCAAUUAUAAGUACGCAAAUUUGCAAGAACUUAUCAUUCUAACUAGGAUGACUCGGUUUAUUCUGACAUUACAACAAUUGAUAGUCUAUCAGUUGGUCUUCAUGCUCUUCUAACUAGAAGGUACACGAAGGCUAACAAGACCUCUUUACUACUAGCAAAAAGUAGAGCACAGAGGUACCAUGAUAUGACAUUUUUUUUUCGAGAUGAAGUCCUAGGCCCAGGGAGUUCCUUUGUUUAGAGAAAUGUCGAGUCUUAGGUCUUCCUCGGUUCGUUAGUAUUAUUCUGCUAUGUAUAGACUCCCGCCCCGCUAUUCAGAAUUAUGAGCUGGCACUAAUUAUAAGAACUACUCUAAUAAGACGUCAGCCUCGAACGUGACAAUUGUCAUGCCCGCUGGGACGUUGGAGGUGCCGAAAAGUAUGGUGGUGCAGAAUUUACCCGACAAAGUCAAUGCGCCAUCAGUCGGGGAAAAAAUUGGUACUAAGAAGUAGAGAAGUUCGGAAAUAAAGUUCUUACGAACAGAUCGACUCGAUCAGGAGCAGUCCGUAAUAUGCGCAUGUUAGUACUUUACCUACUACGAACAGAUCGACUCGAUCAGGGGCAAAAAGAAUUGCAAUCAUGAGACAUCACGAAAACAAAUGCAAAAAGGACAAGAAAUGAAAUACUGGAAGAAAAACGCAUGCAAAUGAAAGGUGAAAGAACAAGGUAACCCCAUCUCCCUGCAACCGAACAAUCCCCCUUUUCCCAUAACUGUACGUACCCCAUGACUGGGUAGAUUAUUAUUAUUACAAGAAGAACUUUAUUUCUAGUAGUAGAGAAGUUCGGAAAUAAAGUUCUUUUACCUACUACGAACAGAUCGACUCGAUCAGGGGCUGAAGCAGUCCCUAAUAUGCGCAUAGAUGUUAGUACUUUACUUCUAACGUACAUCGACUCGAUCAGGGGCUGAAGCAGUCCCUAAUAUGCGCAUAGAUGUUAGUACUUUACUUCUAACGUACAUCGACUCGAUCAGGGGCUGAAGCAGUCCCUAAUAUGCGCAUAGAUGUUAGUACUUUACUUCUAACGUAGUUACUUACUUACUUCUCUCUCUCUUUGUUCCUAUCCAGCUGUGGACUUUCUGGCCCUAGGCUCUAGGCAUUAUAAAUGCUAGAGCUCUGGCUCUAUUGACAACUUUUUUGCUUGAGAAGAUUUAAAGAAUGAAUAUUACUUACUACUAACAGAUCGACUCGAUCAUAUUAAUGGAGGACUUUAAAGUGGAGCUUUGUAUAGAGUCUGUUAAUAAUAUUGCAGAUCCCUCACCGCUGGACUGUGUUAUGCGGGAUCGCACCGAAUUUAAGCAGGGCGAUUUCCGUUCUAUGGAUUGGUCCGACCUUACGAUUGGCUUCAUUUCUGCCGCUUGCUUCAGUGACGAGUUGGUCGGCGAUAUCUGCAAGAAGAUGCGCCUCGAAAGCAAAGAGCUGCGCCAUUUCGCAUUGAGUGCUAUGGUGAUCGUAGUUGAGUAACCAUUGCAAUCAUCUACGAAUCAUUUUUACCUAUCCAAUGUGAGUAAUCUGUCGAUCAUCUACGAAUCAUUUUUACCUAUCCAAUAUGAGUAAUCUAUCGAUCAUCUACGAAUCAUUUUUAUUGCCUAUCCAAUAUGAGUAAUCUGUCUAUCAUCUACGAAUCACUUUUGCCGGAUAGAUGUCUAGUUGUCAGUAAAUGUCUCUAAUCUUCGGAGUGUAUGAUCUUUUGAUGCUUUCCUGAAGAUGCUGUCCUCUAUCUUUGCUGUGAUGCUUCUUUGACGUCCUUUAUCUGUCCUUUAUCUGUCCUACACCCUCUAUCUCGUUUCCUACACCCUCUAUCUCGUAUCCUACACCCUCUAUCUCGUAUCCUACACCCUCUAUCUCGUAUCCUACACCCUCUAUCUCGUGUCCUACACCCUCUAUCUCGUAUCCUGCACCCUCUAUCUCGUAUCCCAUGGACGCCUCAUCCGCCUCAUCUUCUUAGCUAUUAGAAUCUAAUGAAAGAUACCAUCAAUUGACGGGUCCUCGCGGGUACUUGCAGUGUGCAUGCUGGCUCGAGGAGUACACGAGCACAAAGCUAAAUAUGACCUGGGCCACGGCUUCGGAAGUGAAGCUUUUCAGCCGAAAGUUAUGAUGAUCUCAUGUCUAUCGAGUGACGAGAAAUACUAUAUUCUUCAGUAGCCUCAUUCACAAUAUUAAUGCUCCGAGGUUGACCUUGAGCUUGACAAGGAAGCUCCUGUAGUAUCUCUUUCUAAAAACAGCAGGAUUGGUCGACGAGAAGGCAUGUGAAAAGCAGGAUCCGCAGGAGAACGAGGAGCAAGGUGGCUCCACCGUGGGCUCUAGCAAGAAGGAUGACGCCGAGCUCGUAACGUUAUAGACGGGAAGUGUCGUGCGCAUGUGCAUAUGUGGGGAGUAGGAUUGUGUGAAUGCGAAGUCGAUGCAUCCUCUCGUCUUAUCUCAACACUAUAGAAGCUUCCUCCAGAACAGGUACUCGAAAAACUGAAAUAACCGAGUUACUGACUGAAAUAAGGGGCGUAGCUUAACGUCAAGGCUACUCUUCCUUCUCGUCAGUCCCUCGGUUAUUCUGAGGAGUUACUUGCUUAUUUCAGUUUUUCGAAUAAAUGAAUGAAUGAAGAGGGGAAUAUUUUUGGAAAAACUAAAAGUGGGAUAGCUAUGACAAUAUCUCAGAACUUGUGACUGUCAAAAGAUCUUGAUCUUUUGGAGCGCUUUUUCAAGGGAGCACCUUAAGAUAGCUACUUUUUCAAGAAACUAGACAACUGCAGAUUAGUCGCAUUUGAGGAAGGUGAAUUUAGGCAAUCAUCUCUGACAAAUGAGAAAACCUCUGAAAAAUGAACAGGUGAGCAAAUGUAACUAGCAGCUCACACAACCGCUGAGCGGAUGAAAUAGUGAUAUAUACUACCAACGACCGAAAAAGCCGAGCUACGCAUGAUGAAAUUACGCUUACGCGACUAGAUAUUAUUUGAGCUUACUUAUUGUAUUUCGUUUAUACAUCACGUUUAUACAUCUUCUUCCAUUCGAAGACAUCGUAAAGAGCAGAGCUCAAAUAAAACUGACCUUUCAGAAUAUUUGACAACAAUGAAUCACAACGCAGUAUGUGACAGGAAUGUGCAAGCUCCUUCGGGAAAAUUUUUGAGAUCACACUUUUUGGUGUGAUUCUAAAACUUUAUAGAACACUACGGAACUCGUACUCGACGCUCUCCCUCUUGAAGUCUUUAAAUGAUGUCGAGACCAAAUGUAAACUCUUCUAUGCAACAACGAAC